AAAGAGUCUUGGUCCAGUUACAUUCCUCACACUGGAGACGCAAAAAAACCAAAACACCAUUACCCACAAUUCCACGCGUUGUGUUGACAUGCAACAAUGGCGGCUGCCACACAGAGCGUGGAAAGUGUGACCGGACUGUUAGAGGAGUGUUUAUCAAAACAGGGAUUUGAAGUGCACCCUCUCAAGGUUGGUUGGUAUAACUCGCUGCUGCCUGCAACGCUGCGUCUGUCGUGCCCAGAUGACAGCCUGGCCUUGGUGGUGCUCAGCACCCCUGCCAUGUUUGAACAAGCCUUCCUGCCCUUCAUGGAGGAGAGGGGCUGCAGGGUGGUGACAGACCCCAUAGACCAGUGUGUCAAACACUGUGUCACUUCUGCCGUCUCACAGUGUUUUCCAGGGCAGGAGGUGGAUCUGAGGUUUGACUACGAGCUGCUGCCUAGCAGGAAGCCAAAGUUUUUGGCGCAGACUGCGGCUCACGUGUCCGGAGCAGCUUUCUACUACCAACAGUCUGAUGUCACGGACCAACCCUGGGCUGAAAGAAAAAUGUUUGGUGUGUGCGUGCAUCCGAGGUUCGGGGGCUGGUUUGCCAUUCGAGCUCUGUUGGUGUUUGGAGAUGUGACACUGGGCUCAGAGAUGGUGCAGCCCAUUCCUCCGGACUGUGUGCCCACCAGAGAGAGCCGGAUACAGCUGCUGGAGGCUUUCAACUUUCACUGGCAGGACUGGAGCUACAGAGACGUCGUCCGUCCAGUCCAGACCUACUCUCAGAAACAGAGGGACUACUUCUCCACUCCUCCCUCCCAGCGGUUUGAUCUGCUCAGAACUUGGGGCUUCCUGCCGAGGGAAGACCAUCAACCUGAAACCAGCUCAGACACACAGAACCAGGGGAAGGGACAUGGCUGAAAGAAUGGAACCGCUACAGUGUGGAGGUACAGACGAGUGAAGAAUUAAAGGAAAAACCUGAAAAAUAAGUGAAAAAGAGCAUGUCAAUACCCCUUUCCGUAGGACAUGAUGGGUCACUGACUAUUGAUGAUUAUGAAAAUUAAUCAUAUGCUAUGGACUUGGCAGCAACCAAUCCAACCCAUGGGAGAUUUUGAACCACUGUGUGAGACAGCAUUCUCUACCACCAUCAUCAAAACACCAAACGAGGGAACAAUAACUCCAAACACUUGGGGCAUCAUUGCCAAAAGUGCACCACAGAACAGCUUGUGGGGCCUGACACCGUACUAUGUCACUUUAUGUUGGCUUUUCCGUUAAUUUGCCAUCAUCUGUAUUGCCCAUCCAGUCUGAGCACAAACUUCGAGCGCUCGUCAGCCGUUUAAUUAAAUUUUGAUUGAUUUUGAUCGAUCAGCUGUAUGUAAGCUAAGACGUUGAUCUAAGCUGAUAAAGUUUGUGUGAAAGCUAUUUCAUGGUGUGUGGGACACUUGCGUAACAUUUGCCUGAGUUGAAGGCAGCACCUAUUUGAUUGUGUCAUUUUAUGAAAUGAAAGUCAUACAUAUUAUAUCAAAUGAACGGUAAGAGACUCUGAUGGGCCUUGUAGCUGUCCCCUGAAAAGACAGUUUCUAUUUGAAAAUAAAAAAUACCAGACA